AUGCUCCAACUACACUCUGACGAUGUUCUACGGCGCCUGAAGAGGCUAGAGGAGGCAGUUUUCAAUGAGCCGAGUCGAUCCGCGGUGCCACCACCAGUGUCAGCAAAUGAAUCGACUCUACAAUAUCCGUCAGAAGGAUUCACCGCUUUCGGACUCCAUCUGGUGACCAAAAAGCCAGACCAGGCCGCGGAGCAAAGGGUGUACAUGACAAGUUUGAUCAACAAGUUGCCUCCACCGGCUCAAGCGAGAGUCUUGCUCGAUCACUUUGCAAAAACGUCCCAUCCCAACACUUGUAUUCAACACAUCCCAUCAUGCAGAUACUGGCUACAACGAACAUAUGAUACUGUAAUUGCGGGAGGGAUGCCUCCAAUGGAGGGUCUGUUGCUCUUGUUCAGCAUUUUUGCGGCAGCGGCGUUUCUCUGGUCCUCGGAAUUUCUUCAAGCAUUCCACGCGACCCGUGCAGAGGCCAAGGCUGCCUUUGUUGAAUACUUCCAAGCAGGCAUGUCUAUUAUUGACAACGCGGCGCACCCAAUCAUGCCGUCAACCACUGCUCUGGCAGCCAUGUGCAACUUGCACUACGUGACUACGCAUGCUCGUGGGCUCUCAGACAGCGACAUGGCUUUACGCAUAAAGUGCUACGGGAUGGCUCGCAGCUUGCAGAUCGACCGCCUUGACACUGCAAAGAGUCAACAAGAGCGCAGGCAAGGAGGAUGCAACAUGAUUGAAGUAGAAACCCAGAGAAAGAUUUGGUGGAGCUUGGUGUGCACCGAUUGGCUGAACGCGUUUUCCGGCGGCCCAAACGACGGCGCAUACUUUCAUCAACCGAAACACAUGAACGUCCGCCUCCCGGCAAACAUUGAUGAUAAAGAUCUCACAGCGGACAUGACGGAGGAGGAUAUUCCACUCACUCAGCCUUCAGACAUGAGUGGGUUCAUCUGCCGUGUCAAACUAUCUCAACUGUGCCGAGAAGUUGUUGACGCUCUGCCGUCCCGGUUUCUCGAUGUGAACCGAACAAACUACGAGACUGUUCUACAAAUGGACCGUGAAUUCCGUACGUUCCUAGAUGGGCUUCCAGUCUACUUUCGGCUGGACCCAGAGAGUAUGGAGCGGUCCAAGGCCAUUUGUAGAGAGCGUCCCAUCAUUGCACUGCAUCGAGUUGGCAUCAACUUCAGCAUACAAGUGCGAUUAUGCCGUCUCCACAGACCGUAUCAUCUAGAGGGUCAGACGAACCCGACGUACCAGUACUCCCAAGGAGCUUGCAUCCGGGCGGCGCAGAUCGUGCUUGAUCUGCGUCGGGUCCGGGAUGAGUGUGGUUGGCCGCUAGGCAUGAAUCCGUCUCGCUCGUGGAUUGUCGUGCAGCACGUUUCCAUUGCGGCACUUAUCCUCGCAACGGAUGUGUCUUUCAACCCCAAGGCACGGGGCUCAGAAAACUUAAAGACCAAAGUCCUUGCUACUUGCGAGCUUCUGGAAAAGUCCAUGGAAGAUUUCGAGUCCUUCGUGGAGGGUUUCCAGCGCAAUGUCCAAGUCCUCCGGUCGACGCUGCGGCAACAGCCAUCACGGGCAAGUUCUGCAGGGGCCGCAGACAUGAGUGUUGGGUUCCCGAAUGAAGCGAGUGAAGAUCAGACGGAUUGGAUGAGCUCUGGAAGGACUUCAUCGCAAUGGCACCGCAACUGA